GUAUGCCCGGAAGUAUUGAUCGAGACGUGCGCUUCGUUCCGACUCUUGCAAUUGUUCCUAAGGGAAAAACAGCUGACUGGGCGAGUUUCCUCCACCACGCCGUCGCCGAUGGUGCAAACGUGCAGCGCGGAAAAAGUGGGUUGGACACUAUUUCCUUCUUCUUUACAGAAGAAGACCGUUGCAAAGAAGACGACGACGAAACGAAGAGGUCGUCAUAGAGGGAUGCGAAAAAGAACGAUUAUGCAGUGAGUGAGAGUGGACCAGAGAGAGAGAGAAAUUGAGUCUUCCACAGGGUGAGAAAAGGGCGCGAAUACAGGAAGUGGGCGAGAGAUAGAUAUAGAGUAAUGGAUUAUAUCAGGGAGUUCGAUAUCAGACUGGACAAGGAGUUCUAUUAUGCAGGAGAGCAGAUGAACGGGACGGUCAUCUUGGACACCGUGGAGAAUUUCAAAUUGCGCACGAUCCGUGUGAUUUUGCGCGGGAAAGCGCACGUGGAAUGGAAGGUCAUGUUGUCCGGCGAUAGGAGGACGGUGAAGGACGAUCAGUACUUUAUAGACGAUAGACUCGUCAUUUGGGGCGAGAAGAACGUGGACACGACCAUACCGAUUCUGCCGCGCGGAUUGCACAAGUUCCCUUUCAAAUUCACGCUGCCCGAGUCGAACUUGCCGUGUUCCUUCGAAAGCAAACCCUGCUGCAUCCGGUACUACAUUAAGGUUACAGUGGACAUACCAUAUGCCAGUCCUCCCCAGGGGAUGAAGUACUUCACGGUCGUCGGGCCACACAUCGAUUGCAUGGACGAACAAUACUUGAAACCUGCUGUGAUGGAGGACAGGAGGAGCUUAUGUUGCUGGUGCUGCAAGAAGGGAACUUUGAGUCUGCGGUGCGUUUUGGAGCGAUCGGCAUACGUUUGUCGUGAAAGCGUCAAGCUGAAGGCGACCAUAGACAACCAAGGACAGGAGGAGGUAUCGCUGAGGGUCAGGCUCGAACAGUGCUGCGAGUUCUUCAUCGACAGAGGAGUCCUUGGCGUCAGCAAAGACUUGAAGCAUCUGGUUUUCGAAUACAGGGGAAGCCAGGUGAAACCGAACUCUCGUACCAAAUGGGACAGUCAGAGUAGUCUCGUCAUACCGCCGAUGCCGACGACCCUUGUCGGCAUCUGCCGUCUGGCACAGAUCUACUACGUUCUUACAGUCAGCUUGGAUUCGACCAAGGAAACGGACCUGGUCCAGCUCAGUUUCCCAAUUACCGUAGCUACAGUGCCUUUUCGGAUACCCAACACGAACAAAACCCCAAGCGUCAGAUACGAGCACGCCGCUGCCCACGUCGAGGGUGGUCAAUACAUCGGGCCCGAAUUCCUGCUCGGUCAGGUUUACGAUGGUAACGACCAUCAAACGAGGGAGCCGAUAGUUCUCUAUAAACCUGUCUACGUGACAGUCGACAGAUCCGAUCAAGUGUCAAAGUAGAUGAUAACCGCAAUGAUACGAAACACUAAUAACAAUAACAACUGAUGAGAACCGAAAUUCGAAACACAAUCUUCCAUAUUUGUAAUAAGUUUUAACGAAUUGUUUUUUCUUUUUGCCAAAUUUUAUUUCGUCGAUGACGAAAGAAACUGAAACAAUUAUAUAUACAUUGAUAUAUUUAUAAAAUAUAUAUAUAUAUAUGAAACACAAAUACAGGGUGAAACGGAAUUAAAACUUUUGUUCUCGCCUCUUCUGCGGAACGGGAACGAAAUAAAUCUCAUCUUGAAUUAAUAUAUAUAUGUAUAUGGAAAAAAAUCGCGAUGACGCAGAAUAGAGCUCAAUUUUUCUAGUCAUUUUAGGUGAAUUAUACAAGAAGACGUGGAACAAAUGCAGAUCGCGCGUUCAGAAUUAGUUCUGCGACGAUUGAUUGCACACAACGGUCGUUCCAUACAUUUAGUAAGUGUUGUUAUUUGAAAGAGAAAAUUUGCCAAACGCGGCACCUCUUUAUUGAACACCCCUACCACCCUCCCCACUAUAUAUAUAAAAUAAUUAAAGAAAAACCUUUAAUA